CCCUACCUACCUACCUACACUCACCUUUACUGGCUCCAUCCCCGCCUCUUCGACCUGUUUGUUUCCUCUCCACCUAUCCUCUCCGCUAUCCCUCUUCUAUCCGCCUCCCACUCUCUCCCUAUUUAUUUCAAAACCCCCUUCCCCUCCCCCUUUUCUGAUGAAGGGUCUAGGCCCGAAACGUCAGCCUCUCUGCUCCUAUGAUGCUGCUUGGCCUGCUGUGUUCAUCCAGCCCUGCACCUUGUUGUCAAGGCUUAUUAAUUGUCGUACUGUGAAAGUUGACUUGCAAAGAACAAAAUACAAGACCAAUCGGGGUGAACUACGACCUGUUCGGAACAAUUUAUCUCUCCGCUCCAACGAAGAACCGACUGUCCAUUGGGAAGACAGUAAUCCGGUCACGUGACGCUGCAGGAUCGCCUGAUGUGUUCGACCGGCGUGGUGAUCCCCGCUUGCAAUUGGCUGUUGCCAACGGAGACCCCUCGGUAAGGUCACGUGAGGGUGACGUUCGCGUGCGGGUGCCGGAUAGGAUCGCACUCAGCCAUCGGGGUGUCGAUAGUCAUUGCGGGAAGGACCGAGUGAGCGGGCGAGUAUGUCAGGCAGCGGCGAGGGGUAUACAAUGGGCGAGUCAAAGGAUAAGAUCGGUUGCGAGCCGACUGUAAAUUAUAUAACGAUGGAAGAUGUGAAAACUCACAACAGCAGCAAGUCCACAUGGCUUGUGAUACACGACAAAGUGUACGAUGUCACUAAAUUUCUGGAGGAGCAUCCUGGUGGUGAGGAGGUACUCUUUGAACAAGCUGGAGGAGAUGCCACAGAAAGCUUUGAAGAUGUUGGCCAUUCAUCUGAUGCCAGAGAGAUGCUGAAGCAGUAUUUUAUUGGAGAACUUGAUUUGGCUGAUCGAAGAAAGGAAUAUUCUAAGGAUGUUUUAAUCACAACAACAUCAAGCCAUUCCAGUUGGUGGACAAACUGGCUGAUUCCUGCCUUUGCAGCUGGCGUUGUAGGACUCAUGUAUCGCUUCUACCUAACAGAGACCAAAAGUUCAUCCUGAGGCAUUUUAGUCUAUUUUUUUCAUCGAUUGGGGAGAACAAGGUGUCUACUGAGUGAUGCCAUUAACACCCAUGUCUUCAAAGUUUUAUUGAUGAUAAUUGAAAAAUGUACAAUUAUGUAUUUAAUUUCGUUGCUCGCCUAUAAUAAGUUUUUCCUAUUCUAUGCACUAAUUAGUGAAGUAUAUUAUGUUAAGGAUUUACAAGGAGUGUACAACCAAUUCAACAAUGAAAGUUUUGAUUUCUCAAAGACCUAUUUUCCUACUCCUGGCUUAUUGUCAGGUCAAGUAUUCAAGACCACUUUUGAAUGAAGAGCACAUUGGAUAUUGUAACAUUGUUCAUUACGCUACGCACACGACCGUCAAAGUUGAGCUUUUGACAGCACGAGCAUUGUGUACACAGUUUAAGUAUUUAAGAUAGUUCAUUUACUUUCUUUCUUUCCUACCUUGUCUUUCAGAAUUAUUUUUCACUCAACUGCUGAACCGGUUUGUUGCUAGUCUGCUUCUAGUGUAAAAGAAUGGUAGCAGCUUGUAGCAGUUAUGAAUAUCAGUGCAGCUUUUUCGAAGUUUAAAAUGGAUUCCAUGAAACACUUGCUGUUAGGUUACUCAAUCUCAAUGUGAAAUGUAAUAUACAACCAUAAAUAGGUUAACAGCUGUUAUUUCUUCCUAAUCCAUUUCACCUUUGAAUAUAACAGCUCAUGCUAAAUACAGUUCCAUGGAUGAUAGCUUAGUGGUGUCUCACCAACUCUUCAUCUGGACAACAAAUUGGCAGGUUUUUUGAAAAUUAAGAUGCAGCUGACUUUAAUCUUAGUAUCUGUACUGCACUUUCCAGUGUGAGUUGCUGGUCAGUGAUGAGGGUGGAGUUGUGAGCAUGUGUCUUCGUCUCUUUCCGUAACUCUACAAUUCAGAGAUUCGUAGUGGUUGUCAUAAUUGCCAAUGGAAACUUUGUGUAGAAAGAAAUAUGUCAGGAAAGAUGCCCACUGAGCCAUAAAGAUAAUAUUGAUCUUGAAUACUGUGGUUUGCUGUACUGUUCCUAAAGUAGAAAUGUUUACCCCAAUCUCUCUUACAAGUUUGUUAUUGUUAGGGAGAAAUUUGAAGCAUGACGUCUAUAUCUUCCAUUCUGUAAAAAUUGGAAUUAGUUUUCUCUUUCUUCAUUCUCCUCCUCCUAUGAACUAAAAUGUUUCACUGAUAACCCUGCACUGCCCAACUUACUACCAAACUGGUGUGAAUUUCAAUCAACCUAAUUGAUGCAGAUGGUUAUUGUUGCAUUCUGUGUUUUAGAUUUUUAAUCGUAGGUGAUGCUAAUUAAGUUCCCCCUUCCAGUAAUUCAUUGUAAUGUAUACAUCUUGUACCUCUCUUCUGAGUCUGAAUUACAAAUUCAGAUCAGACCAAUGUAUGACUGAAAGUCUUUGCAUUUGUAAUUUUCUAAUAGUGUCCCAAAGUAAUUUUUCACAAGGCGUUUGAUAUUUUCUGCAUUAUAGGUACAUGUCUUGUGUGCUAUUACCAUAACAUGGUGUCUACUUGAAAGUUUCACUAAAAUUCUUCAUGGUGGUCCUUCAUCUAUUGAGCUAAUAAAUAAAGUCUUUCUAAAUUACCCUAGAAAGGUAAUUCACAUUUGACUACACAGUUCAUGUUUUUUCUUUUAAAAAAAAAUUACAAUAAUUGUGGAGAUUAUGCAAACGUUAUUGUACUUGAUGCAAAAAUAUCUAACUGUAAGUAUUUUCAGGCACUGUUAUCGUGUUAUGCACCAUAAUCUGUGUCAGGUGUGUAGUGUACUUUUUGGGGGCAACUGCAUCAAAUGCAUGUUAACAUAAUCACAAUAUUUCUUGGAAUAAUUUUAUCACUUAUACUGACUUUUGGUUCAAGUAUGAACAACAUUGACUUGCAUGUUUGCAUCUAUUUACUGUGUGCGCGUAAUAUCUGUACUAAUAAGCAACUGUACAAAGUCUAUAUGUACUCCUUUUUCUUUUCAAAAAGUUGUAAAAAAUAUUGGUAAUAAUCCAGCCACUAAAAUGACUUAAACUUGAGUUUGUUAUGCAUUUUUUUUUUCCUGUUUCAUGAAGAAUAGGUUGACUGUUGGUGAUCUUAUUUCAUUUAAUCCAUUAUGGUCAACUCAGUGGACUUCGAAAUUUGCACCUAACUUGGUUUUAAUUUACGUUUUUUGUUUCUGAAAGCCCAGUCCAGAGAAACUAUACGUGACUGAACCUUUGACACCAGUAGAUUUAAAAAUUUUCAAGGGCAUUGCCAUUUGCUUUUAAAUGAAAGUGAAAGUGAAUGAAGAAAGACUGGUAGUUUGAGCAUUUAUGAGUUUGGGUACGAAAAGACUCUCAGCUGAAAUAUUUUGUGGUGUUGGUUAUCUUUUCUCUACCUUUAGUUUUCUAGCUCCAUGGUUUAGUUAGUCCACCUUCAUACUAGGAAUCUAAAGGGCACACUGGCUUCAGUCACACUUGUUGUCCACUGGCAAGUAGUGAUUUUGGUGAAAAUUCACUAAUGUCUCUUCUGUGAGUCAAGCCAUCGCUGAGAAAUCGCAAAUAUAUAUAAAUAUUUUUCUAUCUUUGCCUGAAAUAUUAAAUUUUGGCUUUGAUAGGCCGGUAGAUUUAUUGUGAUUCCUCAGCCAGGUGAGGAGUGACUCAACACUAUUCCUGUCCUCACUUUAAUAUGCAGAUUUCCAAUAAACAUUGGAAACAGAUCAAACUAAAAACUGAGCCAAUUUUCUGAGUUUGAGGCUUUGAAGUAAAUGAUGAUUGUUUUGAAUCAAACUACUGGGCAAAGUGGGAAUUUAAACUUGGUAGCAUAGAAAAGGGGUCAGUAUAAUUUGUUUUUAAUGCUUAAAACAAAGUCCACCAGAUAAGACUUUUGCUGCCGACUAAUACUAACAUCAAGUUAUGUAAAAUAUUGAUCUACAUGUAUAAUUUUCAAUCUGUUCUGAUUGAUCAAUCUUACAAGAGAUCAUUAUUGUGGUAUGGCACAUAACUUGCCAAAAUGUGCAAGAGACAUUUGCUUUAUAAGUUGGAAGCCACCCGUGAGCCUCUCCACUUCAGAGAGACUUUAUUUGGGAAAAAAAUAGUUUUCCUUUUCAUUGCAUCUCUCUACAAUUUUCAAACACAAAUGUCCCACUGCUUCUCAAGUGCUAUUGUACAAAUAAUUAUCAAUGUGUGAAAAAGCUAAAUGUCUGAAACAGUAGGCACCUGGAUGGCCCAUUUUAUUAAUCUAUUGCCCCAAUAAUUGCAUAUGAGUAUUCUAUAUACAGUCACUUUUUGUUUUCGACAUUUCAUAAUGGGUUGUCAAUUUUUAAAAAUUAAGUCUAAUCUAUGAAGUUCUGUGAAAUGUUCUAUUGGGACACAUCAACAUUUUUAAAAUUUACUGGUUCCAACAACAGCUAAUGUGAUUUGUACUUAGAAACUGGAAUUACCACGGUAGCAAGUGGAACUUUUUCCCAUGUUGUAUUUGCUUAAAUUGAGAAAGAAAUCAUGAAUACUAAUUACAUUUUAUUUUCACAUGGUUAUUCUGUACCUUUAACUUUUUCUUUCAAAUGCUUUGGCUUAUAGCAUUUUAAAUAAGUCAGUUUGAUCUAUUGUGUAUUGUAUGUACCAAAUGAUAAUAUAUUCCUUGCAAUUUAAUAAUCUGCCUGCACUACAAUACUCAUAACUUUGUAAUAAAUGGGAAGAAACUA